CAAUCCCCGUGUCUACUGACUCUACUCGCGUAGUUAAAAUACCAGAUUUUUGUUUAAUCUUAACUCGUAUCCCCUUAGAAGGCCAGGUACAGAUUUAUUAGCAGUCAUGAUUAUCAGCCGAUUGUUCAUUUCUCUCUUGCUUGCAAAUAUCCAGCUGACAGUUUAUUGCAAGAAAAAGGACCUAGUUCAGAAGUCAGCUGUACAACUAAUUGAAAAAGAAACCAAACAUGUGGACCUGGACAGUUGCAAAAGUAGUCAACAAUUGAUCAUCUCUAAGCUGAGACUGCAUGGAAAGGUAGACAAGCUGAAAGUGUGUCUGCUCAAGUCACUCAGUGCAAAUCUUGAAAAUGGCUGGGCAUGGUCUGAGUUGGGAAGCUUGUUUGCUGCGCAGCAAGACAAGAGCAAGGCAAGCACAUGCUUCAAGCAAGCAGCAAAGCUCUCAGGAAAAGUCACAUCUUUCAUCGGUACCUGGCAUUUCAUUGGUCCAUUUGUCAUUGGAAAGAACGAAGUUGACGCCGACCCCCUUGAAUCAUGGGGAGGUAUCGUCACCGCAGCCAGCCAGCGAUAUAACAAGAAGGCCAGCUUCUACUCGGAGCUGGUGCCAGGCGGAGAGGUGCAGUGGAAAACUUACCAACAAACAAAUGGGCAUCAGCCAUUGCAGAUAACACCAGAUAUCAACUUCAGUGAGCUUGUCACCUCGCUGGGAUCAUUGGCGAUUACUGAAUGGCAGGGCUGGCUUGUUGGUGAAUUUGCCGUGAAUGGCAAAGAUGAGAACGUCAUUGUCCAGUGUCUAGGUGUACACACAAUCUUUGUUGCUGACAUGUUCAUAGCUGCUGAUGUCUAUAGACGGGAGCAGUACUGGUUUAGUGUUUCGCUAUCAGCUGGGAUUCACACUGUUUACAUCAGAUUAAGAGCAAAACAAACGCAGGUUGUAAAAUGCAGUUUUAAAUCAGCCGGUUCAGACAGCUUUGAAGUUCACCAGCCAACCAUGUUACCUGACCUUGUUGAAGGACACAUAUUUGGCAACAUCUUGGCUAUACCGGUCACCAACCUGCAGUCUGAUAAAUGGAUCAAGAAUGUCCGGUAA